AUGGCCACCAACAACCCGCCCAAUGUUUGGGGGCAGAUGGGCUACGUGCCGCCACGCGGGCAGUGCAAUUACAAGCAAUCCAUCGUGUCGCCGAAGUGUCCCUGUCUCCGUUUCAUGCUGCAUCCUCUUAAGAGCACAUCCAGCUUCGAGUGUGACGGCUGCGCCCACCAUGCAUCGUUCCACAACAUGGAAAACAAGGAAGAAGACGCGAUACGCAAGCGCUGGGAGCAGGAGGCGCGGGAGAAGUCCGAGCGGGAGGACGCGAUGGCGGCCGCUCGGCCUCGCAAGCGGCUGAGAGAGAUCGAGUAUAAGGCCGUGGGUGCGGACGGAGAUGUGAGGGCGAGCAAUGUCCGCUUGAUUGAGAGCGGGAUUCUGACGCCGGAAGAGGGGGAUACGGCGAGUGAGGCGGGCGAGAGUAGGGCGAGAGGGAGGGGGAGGAAGAAGGGCCAGGCUGCGGGGAGGGUGACGCGGGCGAAGGGGAAGGUUAUGGACAUCCCGGAGGAUGAUGAGGAGUACAUCGAGCUCGACUGA